UCCGCUCCUCCGCUAGUGGUGGGCUUUCCUGCUGUUGUGGUGUUCCGUGUGGGUGUGUGUGCGAGAGUGAGCUUGAGAGAUCGAGAUCGAGAGCAAGUAAGCGAGAUCGAUAUCGAGAGAGAGACUUUGAUGCGUGGGAUUUGCUGAGGAGUGGCGAUCGGGAGACUUUCUGCCUUCGCGAUGGCCAGGACAGGGCCCAUGCUCGCCGUGACAGCUCUGGUGCUGCUCGCCACGAUCUCGUGCGCGCAGGCCAAAAUCGAGAAGGGUUUGGACGAGGUUACGCACAAGGUAUUCUUCGAUGUGGAGAUCGGUGGCCAACCCGCUGGCCGAGUUGUGAUGGGCCUUUUCGGCAAGGCGGCUCCCAAGACGGUCGAGAACUUCCGUGCGCUGUGCACGGGCGAGAAGGGUAAGGGGCUGAGUGGGAAGCCACUGCAUUUCAAGGGUAGCGCCUUCCACCGCAUCAUUCCCAGCUUCAUGAUCCAGGGGGGAGAUUUCACGCACGGAAAUGGCCGUGGCGGAGAGUCCAUUUACGGGGAGAAGUUCGCGGACGAGAGCUUCAAGCUUAAGCACACCGGCCCUGGGAUCUUGUCCAUGGCCAACGCGGGACCUAACACCAAUGGGUCUCAGUUUUUCAUCUGCACUGUGAAGACCAGCUGGUUAGACGGAAGGCAUGUAGUCUUUGGAAAGGUUUUGAGCGGAAUGGACGUUGUGUACAAGGUGGAGGCUGAAGGCACCUCUGGUGGCACGCCCAAAAAGAAGGUAACCAUCGCUGAUAGUGGUGAAAUCCCUCUCUGAAUUCCCUCUUUGAGAAGGGAAUUAGUGGUGAUGUAAUCUUAUACAUCGGAUUAGUAACGAGCACCCUGAGUUAGGGGAACACUUGUGUAAAUUUCAGAGGAAAGGAAACCCUCAUACUUGCAUCUGCUCGGGUUUACAAGUAUGUGGAUCUAAUUCUUGCCUCGUAAGUUUUUUCUGUUGACACUUGCAUCUGAAGAGAUCGAGCAGUCGAUUUGACUGUUUCGACAUGUAGUCAUGGUGAGUGUUGCACGAUAUUCUUGCGAACUGUGGGCGGCAGCGUUGGUAUGUGAGAAUUUUCUCUACAUCUUUCUUUUUUUCUAGGACACAUUGUAACAAGCGAUGAUGUUUAGAUAGCCCUGAUUCGCUUUUAGCUUUCGUAAGAGGGCGUUGCAGAGGAUUCAUAUUCUUAGCAGUGUUUCAUCUUUAGCUUGAUCAGUUGAAUCUUCUGGGGAUUGCACCUGUUAACUGCGAUUGUUCACUGCUGAUAUGUUGAACUUGGAGUCCUUGAUUGA